AUUUUAUUAUGAAACACAAGGUGGGGUCCAAAAAAACAUUUGUUUUUAUCCAUUUUCAUGAUUUAAUCUAGUUUAAAUCUGAUUGUAUGAUUAAAGAAUUAGUAUAAUACUAUACAGAAGACAAGAUGGGGAUUUUCGGAACAGAUGUGGUUAAGUUUAAAAAUCAAGACUAUUCUAAACUAAAGAAGGAUUGUCAGUCAAAAGGUGAUCUUUUCUUUGACCCAGAAUUUCCUGCCCAAGAUAAGGCUUUGUUUUAUACUGCUGGAAAAUUGGCUGGAGUUACAUGGAAAAGGCCUAAGGAUAUUUGCGAAAAUCCAAAAUUGUUUGUAGCAGGAACUAGCUCGGGAGAUGUAUCACAGGGUCGCCUUGGAAACUGCUGGUUCGUAGCAGCUUCCUCAUGCCUGGCGUUACACAAGGAGCUUUGUGACCAAGUUAUUCCUUCCGAUCAAGAAUGGGACGAGAACAAGCCAGACGAAUAUUGUGGCAUUUUUCGGUUUAGGUUAUGGCGUUACGGGAAAUGGACGGAGGUAGUCAUUGACGAUCAGUUGCCAACUUUAAACGGAGAGCUGGUUUUCAUACACUCCCAGUCAAAAAAUGAAUUCUGGAGUGCCCUGCUUGAAAAAGCGUAUGCCAAGCUGUUUGGCUGCUAUGAAUGUUUAGAUGGUGGAGAUCUGGGUGAAGCUCUCGAGGAUUUUACGGGUGGAGUAUCUGAACAGAUGAACAUGGCAGACAUUGGUGUUGUGGAUAAUGCGGAAGAAAUGAACAAAUUUUUUGACCGAUUGAAGAAAGAGGUUGAACGAAAGUCUUUACUUGCUGCAUCCAUACCUGCCGAGUCCAGUGAAGAAAUGGAAGCGUCCACUGCUAUGGGUUUAGUUAAAGGUCAUGCCUAUGGUAUAACAGCUGUGAAAAGCAUCAAUCUGGAAUCAGGAAUGUUCAACUUCUUAAACAAGAAUAAGCUGCAGAUGAUUCGUCUGAGAAACCCCUGGGGACAGGGUGAAUGGACCGGAGCGUUUAGUGAUAAUGAUCCAGAAUGGAAAAAGAUUCCUCAAACUGAAAGAGAAAAAGCUGGCAUAGUGUUUGAAGAAGACGGAGAGUUUUGGAUGACAUUUGAUGAUUUCUGUCACCAUUUCAUUAAUGUUUCUUACUGUCGAGUUGUUAACACAUCAAUGUUCAGUUUAUCUAAAACCUGGCAUGAAGGGAUUGCACAUAGUGCCUGGAAAAAACCAGAUCUUGCCGGCGGCUGCCUGAACAACAAAGACACCUUCCUUAAAAAUCCCCAGUUUGUGUUUUCGAUCACAGAGGAUGAAGAAGAUUGUAUGAUGCAAUUAAUGCAGAAAAGUGUAAGAAGUCAACAAGGCAGUGGAAAUACUACCAUAGGUUUUACAAUUAUGAAGGUUGAAGAAAAUCGUCAUCAUCGGAUACAUGAUUACACAUACCAAGAAGUCAUCAAGAACACUGUCUUCCGAGAUAGUCGCUCAAUCUUCCAGAAACUUAAACUGGACAAAGGACGGUAUCUGAUUCUAGCUUGUACUUUCGAAGCAGGUGUUGAGCAAGGGUUCUUGUUUAGAAUUUACACUGGGGCUGCUAAUGAGUUUAAGGAGCUGCACCAUGAUAAGCCUCAGAGAAGUUUCUGGAACUGCUGUGCUAAACAACCUGUAAUGUUAACUCAGAUUAAAGUCCUCAAAGCUGAAGGCCUUGAGAAGCAGGAGAGAGAUGGUGCUGAUCCAUAUUGUAUCAUAUCAUGUGAGGGACAGAAAGUGACUACAAAUGUUCAAACUGACACCUGUAACCCGGAGUGGAAACAAGGAGCCAUCUUCUUUAGAAAAAAUCCCCUCAAAAAUCCCAUUAAAGUUCAGAUCUGGAAUAAUAACAUAUUACGGGAUUCAUACAUGGGCAAACAUUUGUUUAUCAGUGCUGAUGAAUGUACCAGGUCGGUCCAGUCAGUGGGACUUGUAGGGCGUGGCAAGCAGGGGGACCAGAUACGGUCUGGUAAACUCGUGGUCGAGAUUACUCAGACAAAAAACCUCUCUGCCAUAUAGACACGAUGAUCAAGUUGUUUUAUCUUAAAGGUAGCUUGCCAUUUUUGACAACAGGCUGUUUAAUUCUCAAUAUUCAAGGAAUACUAUAACAAUAUACUUUAGACAGAAGUUAAUGGAUCGAAAAUAUUUUUUUAUAAAAAAAAUCUGACAUCAUUAAAUUUAGUUAUGAAAGCAUUUUGCUUGAAGAUGUUAAUUGGAUAUCAAUUAAAGGGUUUAGGAAUAUAAAUGAAUUGUUUUGAUAUAAUUGUGUUUUUAUAUAGUUUUACUACCUAUAAGAGAAUUUUAGAUAUGAUGCAAUAAGAUAUAGAUCUGAUAAAGUUUUUUUUAGACAAAGAUCAAAUUUAUAUAUAGUUGAUAUAUAAAGAUUUGUGUAUAUUUAUAAUCAAUAUUAUGAGAUAAAGGUAGAUGUAGGUUUCAUGUCAAAUGAUUUAUGAAUUUGUGCAAUGAAAAAAAAAAUAAAAAAAUACCGCAGUUAUUUAAAAACAAGUUAUGAAUGUAAUUAUAUCAUACAUAUAAAGUUUUCUGAUUAUCCACUUUUCAUAGAAUUUAUAAAAUUUUAGCAAACUGUUGAAUGCAUUAGUCAUUUGUAACCAUAGACCAUGAGCCCCUCCUACCCAUCUGCUCAACCCCAAAGAAAAUGGAAUCAUCACUUUGAAAUUACCAAAGUGAUGAAAAUUUAAAUCAUGCAGAGUAAAUCAGAUAAAAUGAAAUUCCCUGUAGUAAUAAUUCACGCUGCAGGUAAGACUACACUACUACUUUUUGGUUGAAAACAACAAAACCAGAACAUUGUAGGGACAAGUUAAAAGUAAAAAGCAAAGGUCAUCACUUCCUUUGAUUAUCCCCAUAACCUUUCAGAGGGUAGGUGAGUGGGAUUCACAGGGAGUGGAUGAGGUGUACUGAGUUACUACAAAUGACUAAUGCAUAAGGUUACAUCAUUUUUGAUGGCAUAUGAAGAUAUUUUAUUAUUAAACUCACAUACUUUAAUCUGCUGAUAUUUGCCUUAGUAUUUUUACAUUGAUAUUCACAUUCUUGUAAGGUAUUUAUUUAGUAUAGUUAGUUAUUCAAUAGUUGGUGGAAGUAAUUGUAAAGUAAACACUUUAUUACACUGUUAAUUUUUUAUUAUUAUGUAUUUUAUAUGCAUGCUGUUAGCAUAAACUUGGUGAAAUUGUAUAGCUCUUUAUUGGGGUUGUUUAAUGGUCUUUUUAAAUUGUAUUAUUUUUAGCUAUUGAAACUUACUUUUUUAACCAUUUUAGAAGCAGUGAUGUUAUUCAGUGACUCUUUAAUAGAUUGGUACAUCAGGAUUACUCUUCUGUUGUUUUUUUUUCAGAUUUAUUGUUAAUGUAAAGAAGAAAUUCCAAUUUUUGUUUAAGACUCUAAAUAUCAAUUUAGAGAAAAAUAAAAUUUUGAUAUAAAAAUCCAUACAUUACUUAAUAGUUAAACAAUGGAAAAAAGAAGGAACUAAUGUUUUAACCUUUUUACUUCCAUAUUCAAGUCUUGGUUUGUUAUUCAAUCUAGUCUUCCCUCAUUAAUUUAACAUUCAUAUAUCAGCACUUAAUUUAAUAAUAUGGUAAGUUCAUGUUUUUGAUUCUUCAUGCAUUAUCUGUAUAAUUUGGUUUACUACUUUAUUUGCUAGCUUUAGACUUUUUAUGUUGAUGAUAAUGUUGUUGAUGAUACUGGUGAUUUAUUAAUACUCAGAACUAGUGAUUUGACUGCUUUUAUUAAGUUUUUGCGCAUUUUCUUUCUUAGAAGGAAAUCAAUUUUUUCUGUUCAAUUUUUAUUUGUAAAGUUUUUGAUUAUAAGGUAAAAUCUUUUGUUAAUAAAAAACUUAUAACAUCUUUGGUUAUAAAGACUUUGAUUAUAAUGUAAAAUCUUUCUUUUAUAAUAACUUUGAUCAUAAAGUCUUUGAUUAUAAGGUAAAAUCUUUUGUUACAAUAUCUUUGGUAAUAAAGUUUUUGAUUGUAGUAACAUAAAAUCUUUUAUUAUGAUAUUUUUGGUUAUAAAGUCUUUGAUUAUAAGAUAAAACUUUUGUUGUGAUAUUUUUGGU